UUCACGGGGUUGUAGUACUUUCUUCUAUUCUUCUUCCGUCUCCCCGGCUUUUCACAGCACCAAAUUUAUCUGGCCUUCAUCCCUGUUGGACCCCAGGUGGGCGCUUCAGAUUUGUCAGUGGCACCAGUCUGAGAUACUGAUGGUGACUCUUCAGAGACAAGUCUGUGAAAUAUUUUGUUUGAACCAAAGGUAGAACCAUCAGUAGCAGAGAGAAUUGAUGAACCCCCCAAAAGAUGGAGACCUUCAGAGACAAGACUGUAGAUGAAUUGAAAGAACUACAGGAAAAUGUGGAAGAGAUUGAGCGGUUGGCAUUGGAGUCCGAUGAGGUCCAGGAUAUACAGUUGCAAAGGGAGAUGGCUCUGGCCACAAAUCGUAGUCUUGCAGAGCAAAACCUGAAGUUCCAGGAGCCCCUGGAAACAGGACGUGCAAACCUCUCUGAUGGAUAUCAAGAGCUGCAAAAACUGAUAGAGCGAUGCCAGGAGCAGAAGUCAAAGCUUGAGCAAUUCUCAGCAGCAACAAAGCCUGAUACCCUGUUAGAUCUUCUGAAGGUGGAAGGACUCAAAAUUGAAGAAGAAUCUGAGAUGAUGGCUGAAAAGUUCCUGGAGGGGGAGGUGCCUUUGGAGACAUUUCUUGAGCAGUUUUCUACCAUGAGGAAAUUAUCUCAUCUACGACGAGUAAAAGUGGAAAAACUUCAAGAAGUGUUGCAAAAAUCUCAGUCCUUGCCGGAGCCAGCAGAUAGCAAUGAAUUUAACCACCAGUCUCCUUCCCACAUAUCUUCUGGACCUAUAAAUCAGCAGCCACAGAAGCGUUCAGCUGGGGAACCACCCUUUCCUUUACCUUAUGGUCUAUCACCUUGUAUUCCAACAGGCCCUUCAGCUUAUGGGGCUCUCCAGCCAAGGCCCUUUGGAGGAGCACCAGUUACAGUGGGACAUGUUGCCACCUCUCAACCAAGUGCCCAGCCCCCAUUUCCAUAUAAACCACCCUCAGGUCCUGGAUACCCAUCUGUUCCUUCAAGUAAUCCAGUAUCCCAGCCUCAAACAGGAGACCUGCCUUCAUCCAGGUACUCUUGGUCUCCAUCCAGAACAUCAUCUUCUGGACCAGGGUAUCCACAGCCUCCUCUCAGGGCUCCAUCAGUAGCACCAGGAUUUCCUCAGCCUAUGCAGCCUCCCUAUUUUCCAUCAGGAGGAAGGCCACCAUGUCCUUAUCCCACUCAACCUUCAGCGACUAGCUUCCCUGUUCCGCCCCAGCCUCCAUAUCCCCCAGGUCCAGCUCCAUCUUUUGGGUAUCUGCCACCACCUCUUCCCCCUCGGGGCAAUACUUGGUCUGGAUAUUAGACCAGCUUUCUAGGCAGUAUUUUACAUGGUAGCUGAUGAAAUGAUGUCUUGCUAGCUAAUCAGCCCCAAGAUGAAAAUUGGGGAGGGUCAUCCUGAGAAACAUAUAUACAGAAGCAUUACACUGAUGGAAUAAAUGAUGGAAUAAUACUGGCAAGAGCUGCAAAGGAAGGCCACUGUUUGAUGGUUUGUAGGUAUAGUCAUGGUAGGCAGCCUUAAUGGAAUCAGUAUUGACCAAACAUUCAGUUCAAGCCAUAGUAUAAAAUACACACAAAGACCCAGAGCUCUUAUCAUGGCAUUGUGCUUGCUAAACUCUUUAAGGAAGACUUAAUGGACUGCAACCUCGAUCUGGUUUUGUGUGCGUGCGUGUGUAUGCGUGUGUGUGUAGUUUUCUAAUUUAGCAUAUUAGAAUAUAUUAAAAAGUUCUAUAUGCCUAUAUUCUUACAGAGAAUCUGAUGGAGAAAUCAGUUACGCUUUUCUGAUGUAAAACAUGAUUUCUAAGGAAGAAGUCUAAAGUUUCUCUUGGCAUUAGGAAGUACCUCCUCAACAAUAAUGAUAUGUUUGCUAACUCCACAAAGAAAGAA